GUGAAUUGCUAUACAAUUAUGAGAACUAAUGGGUUGUAUGCCAUCAAAGUCUUGUCCUAUAAUACAAGUGAUGAACAAUACAGAAGAUAAACCACAAUAUCUUUUGCAGACAAUUCUUGAUCACAAUUCUGGAGUCAAUUGUAUUGAUAUUAGUGAAGACCGAUCUCUGUUGAUAAGUGGUGGCGAAGAUUGUAUGGCAAGACUGUGGAGCACACAAUCACAUCCCUGUGAAUGUAUUGGAGUUCUUGAUGGACAUCAAAGUUAUAUAACAUGUUGUGCCGUUUACAAGCACCUGGUUGUGACCGGAUCUGCUGACAAUACAAUCAAAGUUUGGACUAUAGAAGAGGCACAAUGUAUUGCAACAUUCAUAGGACACCAAUCAGUUGUCAAUCAUGUGAUAUGUGAGGGACAGUUGAUAUUAUCGACAUCCUAUGAUAAAACUGCCAGAAUUUGGUCUCUUUAUAAUAAUUUCUACAAAAACUCUUCUAAUGUUAUAACUAAUCCAAUCGGUGACAAUCAUCAAUGCGAUCAACAAUAUUGUGUAAAAAUUUUAGAGGGUCACGACAAAGCUGUAACUCAAGUGGCUAUCAUUUGUAAUGAUGAGUAUAGGUUACAAAAUGGAUUGAUUCAUGAAUUAGAUCUAGUAGUGACUGCAUCUACUGAUACAACUGUGCGAAUCUGGACAUUGAUUACCGGUGAGUGUCAUAAAGUAUUGGUUGGACACAAAGGUCCGGUCAAUUGUGUUGUCUCUGAUUCUAAUAAUAAGCGACACGUAUAUACCGGUGGAGCUGAUGCUGUCAUCAAGUGUUGGGAUGUAAUAACGGGUGAUUUGAUACGCGAUCUUAAAGGACACGAAUCAGCUAUACUUUGUUUAACAUCUCAUAACAGAAUCCUAUAUUCUGGAAGUGCUGACCAAACUGCUAGAGCCUGGGCUAUGGAGUACGGAGAGUGUACUCGUGUUUAUUGGAGAAAUACUAAUGCCGUCACUUGUGUUCAAUAUUAUGAUGGAAUCGUUUACACUGCAAGCGGCGAUUGUACGGCCAGAUUGUAUGACGCAAACUCUGGCGCUCUUAAAAGGACGUGUUUAGGACAUAAUUUAGGUGUCGGUUCACUUAAGGUGUCGCCGGGAAAAAUGUUUACCGGAUCUUAUGACGGAAAGGUAUGUGUUUGGGACUGCACUGGUAUUGUAGCCGACACUGUGUUUGGAAACAAUGUGGCCAAUGAUGAUGACAACAGUGACCAAACUUAUGAGGACAGCGCUAAUGUCCAAAAUGCAGUCAAAGCACUCGAUUGUUAUAUUAGGAGCUUUCGAUAA